AUGAUGGUCAGACCUUUGGCAAAUGCAGACAUGCCGUCUCCCGAGUCGUGGGCGUUUCUGGGCGCUGCGGUGGCGGGCUGCCUCCAUGCCGUAGCGAUGGCCCUGAGGAAGAAGUUCGGGCAAGUGACUCCCUACUACAGCGAGCCGCGAUGGUGGCUGGGCGUGCUAACAGACGGUCUUGCUGGCUUGGUCUUCAGCCUCUUGACGCCCCUCUUGGCCGUGGAGAUCUUACUCUUAACCACCUGUGCAUCUCAGCUGGCCUGUGCAUACGUGCUGGGCCUUUACAUGUUCAAUGAGCCUGGCAACAUGUGGCAAAGGCUGGGCUUUGGCCUGACCUGUACCAGCGUACUUCUCUUGAGCUUCUCGAAGCAAGAGAAAGCAAGUCCAACGACCCACUUCUGGUCAAUGUGGCUGCAACCUCACUUCUUUCUGGUGCUUGUAUCUUGGGUAGUUGUUGCCGGCGUUUGCUUUGUGAUGAUUAGCGACAAGAACGGCUACGCGGUGCUUGCUGCCUAUGUGGACGGCAUCCAGUUUCUGUUCACACGAGCUAUUUCCCAGAAUAUCCUACAGGGAUUCCACAUGGAUGCCUCAUUCUGGGAGUUUGGGGCAUGCAAAGCCGCAUGUGUUCUGGCAGUGCUCCAUUUGCAACAGUGCGCUCUUGCAGACGACAACUUUGUGGGAUUCAAGAGCAUCGGCACCGUCUUGCCAGUGCUGCAGAACUUGACAACAGUCACUUUGGGUGCGACAUUCUUCGGUGACGUCGUCAAGGUCGCCGAAUUCACGGCGGAGGAGGGGACCGUGGGCGUGCCACCGCGAGUCGCGCUUUGCUUGACCAAGGGCGCCGGGCUUCAGACCUUGGACGCCAUGGCGCAGGUCGAAGUGCGCUACGCCUGGGGCCACCCGGAUGCCAAAAACGACUACUUUGGCUGCGAGAUGUCAUCUCAUUUAUUAGUCUGA